CAUGCGCCCUGACGUGCGCGCGCAGGUUUGAUAACGGCCCGCAGAAUUCAACUUUCUUCCGCUGACAACAACAACAACAACAUAUUUCUUCAUAUAUACAACAGUUACUGUAUCUGAGGAUUUAGGGGCAAGGAGACACAAAGGAAGUUGUAUUAUCUGAAAAGUCGAAGCUAUUAACACAGGAGGAUGGACAGUCGUGGAGUACAUACUCCAACUCCCACCUCUACUCCUGGGCUGACUUCCCGCAGUACCCCCAACCUUUCCACUCCUGACUUCAUCUCUCCAAGUACCAGACGCCAGCGAGUGGUGAUUAACAGCCAGUCCCCCAGAGUGAUGACACACGUGGCUGAGAAUGAUGAUGCUGCAGAGAAGAGGGAGAGGAGGCGCUCCCGUGUCAUCGAGCUCACCCGAGGGGGGAUCGGAAGUCCCAUCUCACCCAUGGACAGGAGAAAUUCCCUGGGAACAACACAGGGUGGACUGACAAAUGUACAACUUGCAGAUCACUACACUUCUUGUAUUAAGUUGUCUGCAGAAAAUAAAAUCAAUGUGAAGAAUGCAUUUGGGCUACACCUGAUUGACUAUAUGUCUCAGCUGCUGAAGACUAAGAACAGGAAUGAGGUCACUAAUUUCCAGGUGGCAAGUUGCACCCUGGAUGCCAGUGCCAAAAUCUAUGCCUACCGCGUGGAUGCUGUCCAUGCUGAUGCCUUUAAGAUGCUUGGUGGUCUUGGACACACUGAAUGUGCCAACAAAGAAGCAGGAGACGUACCUGCAGAAGAUGGUGAGAUUAAAGGGAAGAAACCAAAGAAGUCAGGAAUGUCCUCAACAGUGGAAAACAACUUGAAGAAUAUCAAUGUCAACAAUUUUGACCUGGAAUUUGAGGUGGACCCUUUAUUCAAGAAGAUGUCUGCUACCUUUGAUGAAGGAGGGACCAGGGGUCUGCUGCUCAACCACCUCAGUUGCCGUGACGACAGCAUGGAGCUGCUGUUUGACUCCAAUGCUGUUGCCAUGGCAACCUUUGGGGACAAGGUUGAGAUCAGCAGGAACAUGGAGCAGGUGGAUUUUUCUGAAGAAUUCUUAAAAGGCCAACACAAUCUCUUAGAGAGGAUCAGUACAACACAGGUCUGUCUACCUUUUGCUGACUUCAAGUUCAUGGAAAAAGAUCAGGACUUCUUUGGAGAAGUCGUGUCUAAACAAGGGAAAGGGGAACAUGCCUUUGACCUGAAUGCAGAAACUCAGCCCAUAGAAGAGGAUGGACCAGACUAUGACAUAGGAGGGUUUGAUGAUGCUGCUGAUGGUUCUGAUAGAGAAAUAGAUGGUGGAGAUGGGACCAUAGAGGAACAAUCCAUGUUUGUGGAUGGAAAAUCAGCAAGGAUGCUGCAGGAUGCCAAUACAAGUCAACCUCCUAUACUGGAUGGCACAGUAGGUAGCCUGGUGUUGGCACUGGAACCCAGCGAGUACUCCUACUUUGAUUCCAAACUCCUGUCCAUGUGGACUGGACCAGAACAUUGGAAGUUGAAACCCAGAUCCAAAGAUGCAUGUAAACAAGGUGGAGAUAAGAAAGCUAGACAAAAGAAGGAACCCUUCGUGUUAGUGUACCAAGGCAUUGGGGAGGUAGAAUUUGAGAAACAGUUCAUCGAGACCAAAGUAGCCACCACCCUCACCAAAAAGACACUGGAUAAAUACAACAAGGACAGCAAGACUCUUCCACCAGAGCUGAGCUACAGGGCAGAUGCUCUCUUCAGGCUGUUUGGGAAGGCUAGUGUCAUGGUGAAGAGACAAGUGGAAGAGGACAGCCAGAUGGAUGAUGGGAUAGAAAACUAUGACUACAACAACCCCAAUGACUGUGCCAAUUAUUGUCCAGGGGUGGAGGGAGAUGACAGUGAUAAUGAGAGUGCAGGAUUCCAAGAUUUCAGCCAGGCAUCUUCACACUUCAACUUCAGUCACGACACCACCAUCCAUGGUAAUGUGUCCUGCAAUGCCAGCAUGCUGGAGUCUCAGACAGGAGUAGACGGCCUGGUGCAGGCACCUCGCAAGGUAUCCAAGAUCGGGAUAGACUAUGCUCGACAGGCCAAGCGCAUUGAUGUGAGAAAACUAAAGGGUACCAUGUGGAACUGGCUUAUUAAACCACACGCACCAGACAAACCUAAGGAGCCAAUACAUGACCCUGAAGACAAUGAGAGAGAAGAGGCCGUAUCUGGAGAACAAACCUUCACUGAACUUAUGCAGGAGCUCCCCACUAUGGUGUCAGGCCAAACAGCCAAAAAUUUGUCUGUGCCAAUUGCAUUUGUUUGUCUACUGCAUCUGGCCAAUGAAAAGUGUCUGAUGAUUGAUGGAAAUGAUGACUUGUCAGAGCUGACAGUCGCUCAGGGAGUCUGACUACCCUUUUUAUUGUCUUUUUAAACACUUGGAAUUAACUCUUCACUAACCAUGCAAGCUAGAUUUCUUUAAAAUUGUGAGAAAAUGAUUGUACAAUGAAAAGAUAAACCAAAUGACUACAGCCAUUUUCAAGUGUUUAUUAGAUGUAGUCAAAUAGAUUUUUAGAUAAUUGUUGCUGUUUGAUUCUAGUGUGUUUUAUUCUGACACAUCUGAGUAUAGGCGGUAGGCAUCAAGUUGAAAUCAGUAUUACAAACUGCGAAACUGUUCUAUUCCUGUCUGCCUAUGCGUGAGUUAUCCCCAUGACAAGAACGACACAGCAGACGGAGUACACAGUGCAUGUUUAGUAUAUUCAGUAGAUUUUAAUACAUGUAGUAUGUUUAGUAGAUUCAACGGACCAAGUUCAGUGCCUGUUUAUUAAUUGAUUCAGUGGACUGAGUAUACUGUGCAGUGUGUGUGUAUACAGUGUGUGUUGAGUGUAUAUAAUGAAAGCAACUGAGCGAUUUUGACAAAAACUUGAUGGCCUAUCACCCACUUUAAGCAGUGUACAUAGUUUUGGGGAAAUAGAAUUGAUGACCUUCACAAGGGUUGGGUACAGGUACAGAAAAUUCAAGUACAGGUCCACUGUUCAGAUCCAUGUCCAGAAAAUUAGGUCGAGGCCUGAAACUGAUUGUCUAUGAAAACUUCUGACUCCAUCUGUUGUUUUAGAAUUUCCUUUUCAUGUUGAAAAUGCUAACUGCCUUUAUAAGUUUGACUGUAAAAAUUUGGUAGAAAUGACUAUAAACUCUAAUCUACUGUGACAGUCUUAUUCUCGUACUGAUAGUUACCAACAGAUCUUUCUGAGUGCACACAUGCUUUUGAGAUACACCUUGCACCAAUUUAGUUUGUUGGUUUCAAGACCAAGUAAUGCUAAUGUGAAAUCUCUAAGUGUAUCAAGUGUAUCUUUAUGCACACAGAUAAUGUAAAGUACAUAGCCAGAUUCAAGAUCUCCUUCCUCUAGUUUGCAUUUAAAGUUUUUGAGAACAAAGGAAAUAUAUGGGGUCCCUCCCAAUUCCUGAAAUGGACUGGGAAUUGUAUAUCUUGAUCUGUGUCGUAAUUCAUGACUUACUGUUCUGACAUCUGAGUUUCUAGGACUUACUAUUCUGUUCUGGCUGUAAUGCAAUCAUAACAUUUUACAAUUGUUUUAUGUAACCUACCAGUAUGUUUUUUUUAAAGAUGUCAUGUACAUAGGUUUGAACAAUAAAGAAAAGGUACAAUAACUGCAUAUACAA